AUGAGCAACGACGAUGCGGGCAAGAAGAUCUUGGACCUGCUGGCCGACCCCUUCAGCAAACAGUUGCAAAGUACCGCCAUCUGGUCCGCCUUGGGCACAUCGCUCGGCGUCACAGUCGGCAUCGCCGUCACAUUCUCCUUCCUGAGACCGUACAACCAGUCCGUCUACGCCCCGAAGCUCAAGCACGCCGACGAGAAGCACGCGCCCCCGCCCAUUGGCAAGAAGAUCUGGUCCUGGAUCCCGCCAUUAUGGAAUACAGGCGAGGCGGAGCUCGUCCACCACGUCGGCAUGGACGCCACGGUCUUUCUGCGCUUCGUCCGCAUGUGCAUCUUCAUCUUUGCCAGCAUCUCCGUCUUCUGCAUCGCUAUCCUCAUCCCCGUCUACCUGAACAACGCGGACAAGCAGGCCCUCGCGAAUAGGGAUUGGAUCGAGGUCAUCACGCCGUUGGCGGUCUGGGGCGAGAGCGCGUACUGGGCACAGGUCGCCGUGGCCUAUCUGAUUACGUUUACUGUGAUGGGCUUUUUGUGGUGGAACUACCGCAAGGUCAUGCUGCUGCGUCGCAACUACUUCCAGAGCGAGGAGUACCAGAACAGCCUGCACGCGCGCACGUUGAUGAUGUACGAUAUCCCCAAGGACCGAUGCUCUGACGAGGGCAUCGCACGAAUCGUCGACGAGGUCGUACCCGACUCCUCCUUUGCACGAACCGCUAUUGCUCGCAACGUCAAGGAUCUCCCCAACCUCAUCGAGCAGCACGACCACACCGUCCGCAAGCUCGAGUCCGUGUUGGCAAAGUACCUCAAGAAGCCCGACCAGCUCCCCGCUGGACGCCCGAUGUGCAAGCCGUCAAAGAAGGACCCGUCAUUCUCCACGUAUCCGAAGGGCCAAAAGGUCGACGCCAUCGAGUACCUGACGCAACGUAUCAAGGAGCUGGAGACAGAGAUCAAGGAAGUCCGCGCCAGCGUCGACAAGCGCAGCACCAUGCCCUACGGCUUCGCCAGUUACUCGGACAUCGCAGAGGCGCACAACAUUGCCUACGCCACCCGCAAGAAGCACCCCCGCGGCACCAAGAUCAGCCUGGCGCCGAGGCCGAACGACGUCAUCUGGGACAACCUGCCCCUGAGCGCCGCGAACAGGAGAUGGAGACGCUUCAUCAACAACGUGUGGAUUGCGGUGCUGACCGUCGUCUGGAUCGUGCCCAACGCUAUGAUUGCCAUCUUUCUGAUCAACUUCCAGAACCUGGGAAGCGUUUGGCCCGCCUUCAAGACCGAGCUUGCUACUAACCCGACAUUCUGGGCUAUCGUCCAGGGUAUUGCGUCUCCUGCCAUCAUGUCGCUCGUCUAUCUCGUGCUUCCAAUGAUUUUCCGCCAGCUGUCCAUGAAGGCCGGAGACCAGACCAAGACUGGUCGCGAGAGGCACGUCCUGGCUAAGCUGUACGCCUUCUUCGUUUUCAACAACUUGAUCGUCUUCUCUCUGUUCGGCACCAUCUGGCAGCUCGUCGCUGCCGUGGUCAAGGAGACUAGCGACAACCAGGACACCUGGAAGGCGAUCAUCGAUCAAGACAUUGCGGCCGCGGUUUUUGCUGCCCUGUGCCAAGUCAGCCCCUACUGGGUUACCUGGCUUCUCCAGCGCCAAUUGGGUGCCGCUAUCGACCUGGCCCAACUGUGGAAGCUCGUGUACAGCUUCUUCGUGCGCAAGUUCUCGAGCCCGACCCCCCGCGAGUUGAUCGAGUUAACCGCUCCCCCGACCUUCGAGUACGCUUCUUACUACAACUACUUCCUUUAUUACGCAACGAUUGCGCUCGCCUUCUCGGGCAUCCAGCCUCUGGUUCUCCCGGCUGCCACGCUGUACUACGCCAUCGACUACUGGCUGAAGAAGUACCUGCUCCUGUACACCUUCGUCACCAAGACCGAGUCUGGCGGCAUGUUCUGGCGUGUGCUCUUCAACCGUUUUCUCUUUGCCGUCUUCGUGUCGCACUGCACCUUCUUCCUCGGCGCCUGGGCUCGAUCCGACUGGGCUUACCACAGCGUCGCCAUUGCCAUCAUUCCGCUGCCCAUCAUCCUGAUCAUCUUCAAGAUCGUCUGUGCGCGCAUGUUCGACAACAAGAUCCACUACUACUCCACGACCAACGUGCGUAAGCACCCCGAGGCCGGUGUCCAGAAGGAGCAGCGUCUGCGUAGUGAGCGGUUGGCUUCGCGCUUCGGUCACCCGGCUUUGUACAAGCCUCUUAUCACGCCUAUGGUGCACGCCAAGGCGCAGGCUAUCCUGCCUGCUGUCUACAAGGGCCGUUUGACGGACGGAAGAGAGGCCGGUCCUGGCGACAUUUACAGUGUCUCUGGAUACUCUGAUGCAUACGUGUUGGACCCGAUGAGCAAGGGCCGCCCAGGAAAGUCAGCCGGUGGCGUUCCUGGCUUCGAGUUCGUUUCUGAAUCUCACAUGGAUUUCGAGUACUACAAGAACAGGGCCGAGUUCGCGGAGGAGCAUGGACAAGGCGACAUCUUCGGACGCAACCCCGACAUCAUUCGCCCCGGCACCCCUGGCUCGAUGACCGAGUACGGCUCCGACAACGGCUCGCGUCCCGGAACACCUACCGGGCGUCCUCUGCAGGGGGGUAUGACCGGCAAUCCUGCCAAUGGCGGCUUCCAAGCGUUUACCCCGCCAUCAGGCUACCAGUCGCCCAACACUGGCCGGAUGUCUCCUACCGGCGGACUCCCGACACCGCAGGCGGCCUUUGCCCAGCAAUCAACAUACGGCGACCGGUCGCGUAGUCCCCUGUACAACAUGGACAACGGCAGCGACUCGGCGCUCGUACGCAAUGCCGCGGGGAUGCCGAUGGCUCAGCCCUCGGGCCCGACUGUAGGUGCUCUGGGCGGCGGACCGAGGGGAUACAGCGGGCUCCGCCAGGACGACGCCGAGACGCCUGAGCAGGACCCAUCAUCCUACGACUACUUCCGCGGAUCAAGGCGGCGCAACGACAACAACGGGUGGUAA